CCAGUCAUGAGAGCUGUAGUCCUCGCUUUGACUGUGGCCCUUGUGGCAAGUCAUCAAAUUAACCUUGUUCCAGAGUUUGCUGCGGGUAAAACCUAUGUAUACAAGUAUGAGGGUUUGCUCUUGGGUGGUCUGCCUCAAGAGGGUCUGGCCAAGGCUGGUGUAAAAGUCAGUAGCAAGGUUCUCAUCAGUGCUGUAGCCCAGAAUUCCUUACUUUUAAAGCUUCAAGAUCCUCAGCUCUUUGAGUACACUGGAAUCUGGCCCCAGGAUUCUUUCGUUCCUGCUGCAAAGCUCACCUCAGCAUUAAAUGCUCAGCUUGUGAUGCCCAUUAAAUUUGAGUAUUCUAAUGGUGUGGUGGGUAAGAUAUUUGCCCCUGCUGGAGUCUCUGCUACUGUUUUGAAUCUGCACAGAGGCAUCCUCAACAUCCUUCAGCUCAACCUCAAGAACACACAGAAUGUGUAUGAGCUGCAUGAAGCUGGACCUCAGGGAAUUUGCAAGACCCACUACAUGAUCACAGAAGAUGUACAGACCCAUCAGAUUGCUGUAAGAAAGUCUAAAGAUCUGAACAACUGCCAUGAUAGAGUCAGAAAGGACAUUGGACUAGCUUACACUGAAACCUGUGAAGAGUGCCAGCAGAGGCUUAAGAGUCUGACCGGGACUGCAACAUUCAGCUACAUCAUGAAGCCCACAGAUACAGGUGCACUUGUUUCUGAGGCUACAGUUGAAGAGGUCCAUCAGUUCUCACUCUUAAAUACAGCAACUGGAGCAGCUCAAAUGAAAGCCAAGCAAAUGUUGAAUUUACAAGAAGUGCAGAAUUCCCCAAUUGCUCCCCCUGCUGGUGAAUACUCAGUUCGUGGAUCUCUGCAGUAUGAAUUUGCUACUGAGAUUUAUCAAACUCCAAUUCAACUUUUGAAGAUCAAUAAUGCACAGGCCCAGAUUGCAGAGGUAUUGCAGCAUCUGGUGGCAAAUAAUGCGGCUAUGGUUCAUGAAGAUGCUCCUCUGAAGUUUGUCCAGCUUGUCCAGCUCAUGCGUGUCGCUACUUUGGAGAACAUUGAAGCCAUCUGGGCUCAGUACAAGAACAAGCCUGUUCACAGACAGUGGAUUCUGGAUGCAGUUCCAGUUGUGGGUACACAAGUAGCACUGAGAUUCAUCAAGGAGAAGUUUCAAGCAGAUGAGCUAGCUGUCUCUGAAGUCACUCAGGCCCUUCUUGUUGCAUUGCACAUGGCUACUGCUAAUCAAGAUACCAUCCACCUCACUGCUAAUCUGGCUACAAACCCCAAAGUCAAGAACAUACCAGUGCUGCGUGAGGUGAUCAUGCUUGGCCAUGGUUCCUUGAUUGCUAAAUACUGUGCUGAAGUUCCUACAUGUCAUGCUGAUCUUUUGAAGCCCAUCCAUGAUAGUGCGGCUGAAGCUAUUUCCAAGGCUGAGAUUCCUGAAAUCACACUGGCUCUGAAGGUUCUGGGAAAUGCUGGUCACCCUGCUAGCCUUAAAACCAUCAUGAAACUCCUGCCUGGAUUUGGAAGUGCUGCUGCUUCCAUUCCCAUGAGGGUCCAGACUGAUGCCAUCUUGGCUCUUAGGAACAUUGCCAAGAGGGAACCAAAGUUGGUCCAACCAGUGGCACUGCAACUUUUCAUGGACAGGGCACUACAUCCUGAACUACGCAUGGUUGCCUGCAUUGUACUUUUUGAGACCAAGCCAUCAGUUGCUCUCAUGGCCACUCUUGGUGGUGCUUUGGAGAAAGAGACCAACAAGCAUGUUGUCAGUUUUGCUUAUUCUUAUAUGAAGUCUCUAACCAGAAGCAUGACACCUGAUAACAUGAAUUUGGCUGCUGCAGCAAAUGUUGCCGUCAGAAUGUUGAGCCACAAACUGGACAGACUGAGUGAACAUUUUAGUAGAGCCAACCAUUUCGAUCUCUACAUCUCUCCUUUCAUGGUUGGUGCUGCUGGUAGUGCUUACCUGAUCAAUGAUGCUGCUACCAUCUUGCCCAGAGCUGUCAUUGCUAAAGCACGAGCUUACCUCGCUGGGGCUGCCGCUGAUGUUAUUGAGGUUGGCAUAAGAACUGAAGGUCUCCAAGAGGCUCUACAGAAGACUCCUGCUGCAGAUGAAAAUGCUGAUCGCAUCACUAAAAUUAUAAACACCUUUAAAGCUCUGAUGGACUGGAAGUCUUUGCCAUCAAAACAGCAGCUGGCUUCUGUCUAUGUCAAAGUUCUUGGACAGGAAAUUGCUUUUGCCAACAUUGACAAAAACUUCAUUCACAAAAUCAUCAUUGAACAAGCAGCACAGUUUACUACUGGAUUACGUGCUCGUGAACUAAUGAAGGAGGCUUUUAAGGCAUUGCAAAAAGGCGUUGCUAUCCAGUAUGCCAAACCCCUCCUGGCAGCUGAGGUGCGUCGCAUUCUCCCCACUUCUCUUGGGGUGCCAAUGGAGCUUAGUUACUACACUGCUGCUGUUGCUGUGGCAUCUCUCAAUGUUCAGGGGUCUAUUACCCCUCCGUUGCCUGAGCACCCACAGGCUCUCACUCUUGAUCAGUUGAUGAAGAGCAAUCUCCAGUUGCAGGCUGAGGCCAGACCAAGUGUUGCCCUCCAGACAUUUGCUGUAAUUGGCGUGAACACUGCCUUCAUUCAGGCUGCUGUUAUGGCCAGGGGAAAGGUACACACUGUUUUGCCAGCAAAACUGGUUUUAAAAGCAGACCUUCCGAAAGGCAAUGUAAAGCUGGAGGUUCUGCCUGCUGCUGCUGUUCCUGAUCAUAUUGCUUCUGUUAGCUUUGAGACAGUUGCUGUGGCCAGAAAUAUUGAAGACCUCCCUGAUGAGAGAGUCGUAUCUCUGGCACCUCCAGUGUCUUCUGACGCAGCACAGAGGUUGAUUCCAUCUUCAGUUCAGAAGACCUUGUGUGCUGUUUGUCCUUAUCUUCUAAUCAAAGUAUGUCUUGAAGUUUCCUCCAAGAAUGCUGGCUUUAUGGAGUCAAAUCCUCUCUAUUAUUUUAUUGGACGACAUUCGGUUCGAGUUUCUUUGACAAGAGGUGAUGGUCCUGCACUAGAAAAAUUGGAGUUUGAAGUACAAGCUGGAUCAAAGGCUGCUGAGAAACUUACAAAGGAAAUCAGCUUAAUUAAUGCUGAAAAUCCUGAAGAAAGUACCAUCCUGUUGAAACUGAGGGAAAUUCUGGAGUCUGGACCAAGGAAUAAGAACUCCAGUUCAAGUAGCUCCUCAUCAUCUGUCAAAAACAGUAAGAGUGCUAGCAGCAGCAAGAGUGGCAGCAGCAGCAGUAGGAAUGUCAAUAGCAGCAGCAGGAGUAGCAGCAGCAGCAGCAGAAGUGGCCACAACAGCAGGAAUAACAGUACAAGUAGCAGCAGCAGCAGCAAGAGCGGCAGCAGCAGCAGAAGUUCCUCCAGUGCUCAUGUGACUAGGAAUGCUAAUUCAUAUGGUCAGUUCUGGAAGUUCCAUAAUGAUCAGUACUUGGUCACACAGGGUCGGUCAAAAGCUAGCAGUGCCUCUAGCAUCGAAGCUGUGCAGAGACAGGUUAGACUACUUGGAGAUGCUGUCCCACCUGCUUUUGCCAUCAUUGCUCGUGCUGUUAGAGCUGACCGCAAGCUAGGAUACCAGCUUGCUGCUUACUUGGACAAGUCUACAUCAAGAGUGCAGGUUGUGUUUGCCACUUUGGCUGCAAAUGAUAAAUGGAAGAUAUGUGCUGAUGCUAUACUUCCAAGCAAGCAUAAAGUUGCUGCCAGGUUUGCUAUUGGUGAGCAGUGCCAGGACUAUUCUGUAACUGUCAAGGCUGAAACUGGUAUGCAUGAUGCACAUCCUGCUGCUUGUUUGGAAAUGGGUUGGAACAGAGUACCAAAAAUCCUAAAUAAUCCUGUCCACUAUGCUCAAAGGGCAAUGGAGGACAUCUCAGUUAUAGCUCCCCUGGUUGGAUUUAAUGCUGAUAGAGCUAACAAUAAUGAAAGACAGAUUAACCUCAUCCUGGCCCUACCCACUGAAAAGUCACUCAACAUUCUUCUGCGGACUCCAAAGAUGACAAUGUCAAAGCAAGCUGUGCCUCUUUCUAUGGCCCUGCCUGUUGAACAGGAUGGAACCAUUCCCGCUCUCAAGAAUUUGGACAUUCAGGCCAUUGUUGAAAAAUGGCUACGAGAUAUCCAACAAAAUUGA